UACUUUUGACUUUAUUUUAAAAGACUUUCCUCGGAAGGUUCCCUCGGACGCUGCCGAAUUGACGCCGGCCGUCGCACUGGUGACCACUGCUGGGGAGGAGGUCAAUCCAGUCUGCGGGACUUCUCCGCCUGUCUGCUGACGACGUGAUUGAUUAACAUCACCAACGCCCCUACAGUGCAAAUAUACGGGAAAUGAACGGAAGAGCCGCAGUUUUUCGUUAAGUUAGUUCGGCCGUCGUGAUUUGGGAGAUUAACGUGACCAGUUCUAGCUAUUUGAUGUGCAGCAUCUCCUGUGUACGUUAGCUGCUUUUUAAAGAAUUUACCGUCUGGCUAGCUAUCACACGGUUGGACUCAUACUACGUAGACUUCGACUGUUUUACUCCCGUCCACCCGAAAAAUGGCAACCCAGAUUGAUAAGGAGGCUUGCAGAGAGGCUUACAACAAAGUCAGAGACGACAACACGGAUACCAGUUGGGCUGCAUUUAAAUAUGAGGGCUCCAUGAUUGUGCCUGCAGGAACAGGGACUGACUAUGAGGAGUUCAAGGGGAUGUGCACAGAUGAUGCUCGUCUGUUUGGCUUUCUCCGGAUCACUACUGGAGAUGCCAUGAGCAAACGAGCCAAGUUCACCUUCAUCACUUGGAUUGGUGAAGACGUCAGCGGGCUGCAGCGUGCCAAGAUCAGCACAGACAAGACGCUGGUCAAAGAGAUUGUGCAGAUCUUUGCUAAGGAGUUCUUGAUCAGUGACCCAAGGGAACUGGAUGAAGACUACCUCCGCACGGAGCUGAAGAAGGCGGGUGGAGCCAACUAUGAUGCUCAGGCUGAGUAGAGAAGUGCCACAGUGCACUGGAAGGCUUGGGGUCGGGUUAGUUGGCACGGAGUGGGGCUGGGAGGGGUGGAACAAGUGGGGGCGGGGAGUGUUGGGGCAGGGCUGCUACCUCUUUGGGAGAGGGUGUGGCGGGAUGGAGAGAGCACCUGAUGAAAGGGAACUGCGAACAUUAACCACACACAUUUUACUUUCAAAGUGAGGUCUAGCAAAGUGAUCUCACCAUUUAUUUGCAAGAACACAGGUACACAAAAAACAAAGCAAAGGUGUAAACCACGAGCAGUUUGCAGAAUCAAAUACUAACCAAUGCUACCUGACAGCCGAAUCCCCUUUUUGCUGUUUUUACUUUAUCAGAUCUUUUAACAGAAGCUUUUUCAGAACAAGUUAACAGAUCAGAGUAAUUUGGGAUGUAUUUUGGAACAGAUCAUGACAGCAGAGAUGCUGUUGAUGCACCUCUAAAAUGACCAUAUUUGCAUUAGGGCAUUUUUAUUUUGUUGUAAGUGUUUGCUUGAGCUGGGUUUUUCAAUACUUGCUCCCAUUUUUUCUGUAAAAACAUCUACAGCACAUUUAUUGGCAGAGUAGUGCUGAAUUGUUUCUGGCCUACUCUUCCUUCCUUGGAAACUUGAGAUUUUGCACUCCUAGAGAUACCUUAAUAUGGUGACAUGCAAGUAUGAUGCUGAAUUGUUAAAGGAGUGGUUGGAUAUUUUUGGAAAUGCGUCUUUUGGCUUUUUCCAGAGUUACAUGAGAAGAUCUAUACCACUUUCCCUUCUUUUGGGGAAGUUUGCAGCAGCAGCCAGCAGCUGGUUAGCUUAGUUUAGUGACUUUGG